CUCGUCCGUUUAAACUGUGAGCGGUACUCCUCUUGGCUUGAAAUUCAGUCGCACCGACGCUCUCCUUUUGCUCGUCUAUUUCUUUUUCUUUCGGAGCAAAUUCAGCGGCAGACGCUGAGAGCAUUUGCGGUUGCCGGCUUUUAAUUGUUUGCUGUCCAGCAUCCUCCCGUCCCUUCCUCCAAUGGCCUCGCAGAACUUGGACCCCGCCGCAUCGGCCGGCGCCGCUGACAAGGCCGGCGAGGCUGGCGGCAACCCGGCCAAAGGAGCCGUCACCAAACGACUGCAAAAGGAGCUGAUGACUCUUAUGAUGGCGGGCGACAAUGGAAUCUCGGCCUUCCCCGAGUCUGACAACCUCUUCAAGUGGAUCGGAACCAUCGACGGCGCUAAGGGCACGGUGUACGAGGGUUUAAGGUACAAGCUGUCCCUGGAUUUCCCGGCGGGCUACCCCUACCAAGCGCCGCGCGUGCGCUUCCUGACGCCCUGCUUCCACCCCAACGUGGACGAUCAGGGCUUCAUCUGCCUGGACAUCCUCAAGGACAAGUGGUCGGCGCUGCUGGACGUGCGCGCCAUCCUGCUGUGCCUCCAGAGCCUCCUGGGAGAACCCAACAAUGACAGUCCGCUCAACGUGACGGCCGCCACACUCUGGCCCGACCAGGAAGCCUACAAAGCUCAUCUACACUCAACGUUCCAAAAGUGAACCCACUGGCCUUUUCCUUUCUUUCCUUUUGAUUUUAUCCCACUUUGUACAAUAUUUUCAUGUUUGUUUGCCUUUCUUUGAGCAAUAAAAUUCUUUAUGAAAACUUUUACA